AUGAGAAUAACAUUGCCGCUCCGCCCACUUUUUCUCUCUCUCUCUCUCUCUCUCUCUCUCUCUCUCUCUCUCUCUCUCUUUUCUCUCUCUCUCUGUGAUCGCAUGGCCAAAUUCGACAAUCUGCGCGAUCUUCCCCCGCCCAAUGACCUCUUCCAGCUAAUGGAAGUGAUUGGCACCGGGACCUACGGUGAAGUCUACCGCGCCAAGCAUGCCAAAACCCAGCAGAUUGCGGCCAUCAAGGUCAUGGAUCUCAUUGAGGAUGAAGAGGAUGAAAUUAAAGUCGAGGUUAACAUUCUCCGCAAGUUUGGCUCCCAUGAAAACAUCACCACCUUCUACGGCGCUUUUCUCGCUCCUCCCGACACAAACUCAAACGAACGCAUUCCACACCCGAAGCUGUGGCUAUGCAUGGAACUCUGUGAGGGUGGCUCGGUCAUCGACUUGGCCCAAUCCGUCCUGCCAAAGCAGCUUCCUGAACCCCUUCUCGCCUAUUUUCUCCACGAAACGACAACAGCGCUCCGCUAUUUGCACAAGAAUUUGGUCAUUCACCGUGAUGUCAAGGGCCAAAAUAUUCUCAUCACGCAUGACGGAGGCAUCAAACUCGUGGACUUUGGCGUAUCUGCGGAGAUGAAGAGCAAAAAUGAAGCUCGCCACACCUACAUCGGAACACCAUACUGGAUGGCUCCCGAGGUCAUCGCCUGUGACCAGCAAAUGGACGCCACCUAUGAUCAGCGCUCCGACAUCUGGUCACUUGGUAUUACCGCGAUCGAAAUGGCCGAGACCGAACCCCCUCUCUCAGAUCUUCACCCUAUGCGAGCCCUGUUCCUAAUUCCCCGCAACCCCAGCCCCACGCUCAAGCCCGCUGCCUGGAGCGACGCCUUUCAAGACUUUGUUGCUACCUGUCUCAUUAAAGAUUAUGAGCAACGCCCCACCUCCAAGCGCUUACUCGAGCAUGCUUGGCUCAAGAGCGUGGAUUUGCGCAAGCAGCGUGCAGCAUGCUGUACCUUUGCACAGAAAGUCAUGCAGCGAACGGCUAAUGGCGAGGAGCAGGAGCACGAGGAGCAGCCCGAGCUGGUACAUGACGAUGUGGCCGACUGGCCCCUCAACGCAUCACUCUCGAGUCACCACACCACCGCGGGGCUCGAGCUACCAACCACAGUGAAUACGGAGCUAUUUGACAGUUUUCGACGCAAGCACAGUAUGCGCAAAAGCUCUAAAAGUUCGCGGAACUCUGACAUGGGUUUGGCCGGUCCAGUCCCUAACCGCCGCACGUCCAAGCUCGCCCAUGACGAGGAUUCCGAAGAGACUGUCGAUGAACGGGACCAGGAAGCUCAGCCUCAGCAGUCCAGCUCGCGCGUGUCCAGUAUGCUAGAUGCCGCCGCUCGCGAGGCUUUGCCUGCCGCCACACUCAGGCGCCUUGCCACCAGUCGUUUACCUGCCGACCACGUGCACGACAGCGCGAUCAUAGAGCCGGUAUCCGAUGAGGCGCUGGGCGCCCCGGAUAUCCGCAAGUUCCGCAAGCAAUUCACCAACGAGAUCACAUGCGCUGCAUUUUGGGGCGAGAAUCUCAUUGUCGGCAGCAAAGCAGGCCUCAAUCUGAUGGACCGCUCUGGCAACGGCCGGGUGUUUCCGUUGAUUUCUCGCCGCAUGUUCCGCCAGAUCGAGGUCAUGGAAUCCAUCAACGGACUCGUGUGCAUUUCUGGGAAGAAGAAUAAGUUGCGCGUGUACAACCUGAUCCAUUUCAAGGCCCAAGUCUUGGGAGAGACUCGCAAGCUGCCAAAAACGGGCCUUUUCGACCCCGUUCUCGACUUGAUGAACGUCACUCACUUCAAGCUCGUGCGCUAUGAUCGGCUUCGCUUUUUGGUUGCAGCCACGCCUGCCAAGAUCUAUGUGCUACUGUGGGCCCCACACCCCUACAACGCCUUCAAACUGUACAAUGAAUUCACCGUUCCCAGCCCACCGCUCAUGGUGAAUAUGAGUGUGUCGACUGAAGAUGACAUCCGGCUGAUCUACGCGUCACGCCUUGGCUUUCAUCGGAUUGACAUGGCUUCGGGAUCCAUCAUCCAUCUGCACGUCCCCUCGCCGGCCCCGAAGGAGGGGCUGAUGCCACACGCCAUCUUCUUUGUUGGCGACGAAUACCGCCUGCUAUACAACCGGGAGGGCGUGGUUGUGGAUGCCUUUGGCGAUGUGACCGAGGACUUUGAAACGGACUGGGAUACGUUGCCCACCUCGGUGGCCUUUGUGGUGCCGGAAUAUGUCAUGGCCUGGACCAGCAAGGCAAUUGAGAUCCGCUCCACCCUCAACGGAGACCUGCUCGGCGUAUUCAAGCACCGGCGCGCCCUCCGGCUGCGAUUUUUAUGCGCUCGGCGAGACAAGGUCUACUUUGCCUCAGUUCAGUCGGGUGGUGCCACGCAGGUGUACUUUAUGUCCUUUGCAGGCCAAAGGACCGGCGAGGAGCCUGCCCCGGCCCCGACCCCCUCGUAA